UAUCGAAAUUUAAAUCUGUCAAGAGACCUGUCAAAAGACUAUUUUUUAGAUUGAAGCACCGUUUCUAAACGAAAACGAUGCAAAGAAACAUUGCUGCUGAUUAUCCUCCAUCUGUCGAAGACAAAUGUAAAGUUCUUCGUAAACCUAAUGCAGACGUCGAGGAUCGUUUGUUAGAAAAAUGUUAUGUGGAAAAAUAUAAAGGCGAUAGUAAACCAUUUUUGAUUAGAGACGCUUCUUACAUGUAUCCACGAGAUGUAGACUGCUCUACGAUGAAAGCUUCGUAUUUGAGUCCCAUUCAAAAUGAUAGAAGUGCUUUAGGAGUUAAAAAAUCACAGCUCCUGAAACAAUUUGAGGAAGAAGCGAGAAACGAGGUUCUCCAGGAAGUGGAUGCUCCUAUUCCUCCAGGGGAUUAUGUUACAGUUUAUAAUAGGUAUUUUAGAAAAGAUGGAUUUGAGCCAGAUGAUGAAUUCUAUACCAGAAAUGAAGAUCUGUAUAAAAAAUAUCCACUCUAUUCAUCUCCACCAACUACUUAUGCAUCAUUCAAAUUGAAGCAGAGCACUGGCGAUAAACCACAAGGAGUUACUCCAACUAUCUACAAUAAUCAUCCAUUCAGAAAGUGUGGACAAUUUUCUAAGCCCAUUCAGGAAGUACUAGAUCACAAUUUAUGGUGAAAUGAUAAAUUAAGCUGGAAUAAACAGCAACUGAAUGAUUAUAUUCUUUUUAUUUAGUAAGAUUGGCUAGCUGAGUUAAUUAAUUAAAUUCUAGAUUGAAAACUUCUUACAUACACACCUAUCAUGUAUUUUUAUGUAACGCUUAUCUUGGACACCAACGGAACGCGAGA